CGCAUGUCCUCCUCGUUCAUUUCCUUUUGGGACGCUAAGGUGGGAGGUUCUCUGCGUAGUUCGCAAUUCCGAUGGUCGUUUCGUUAUAUUCCAUUCUCGCGUAAAUGUUCUGUUCAAUUACCAUAAAGCACGCUUGUAAUUUCGGGGGUAUUCGUGGGGCGUACAAGUGGCUUCGUAAUUCCCGGGAUUAUUACUACGGGUUACGCGAGAAUGGCUGAAUCAAUGGAGUCCGGUAACGAGUACGUUGGCCACGUGGCGAAGCGUCUCACUCAAGAGGAAAUUGAGAAAAUGCACACUCAGAACACGCGGUUGGUUUCCGAGUUCCGUGCUAAUCAGCUGGAGAAAGACGCUAGAAAACAUUGGGACCUAUUUUACAAGCGAAACGACACGAGAUUCUUCAAAGAUAGACAUUGGACCACUAGAGAAUUUAGUGAUUUGUUGGGUCUGGAAGAGCAGGGAGAUCCCAAGGUGCUUCUUGAGGUCGGCUGUGGCGUUGGGAAUUUCGUGUAUCCGUUGCUUGAAGAUGGAUUGAAAUUUAAACAAAUAUUCGCUUGUGAUUUUUCUCCCAGAGCUGUGGAUUUAAUGAAGGCGCACACACUGUAUGAUCCAGGGAAGAUGAAGGUUUUUCAGACUGAUAUUACAACGGAAGAUUGUUUCGCGGAUGUGGAUCUUCCUGUAAAUGUAGCGACCUUAAUAUUCGUUUUGUCGGCUAUUCAUCCGGAGAAGUUUCGAAGAGUUGUUGAGAAUAUGUAUAAAAUUCUUGAUAAUAAAGGAGUUGUGCUGUUGAGAGAUUAUGGUAGAUACGAUAUGGCUCAAUUGAGAUUCAAGCCUGGUCACAAAAUUGGUGAAAAUUUUUACAUGAGACAAGAUGGCACGAGAAGUUACUAUUUUACCACAGAGGAAAUAAUAAAUCUAUUUGAGUCUGCUGGCUUCAAAACUUUAACAUGUGACUAUGUGCAAAGACGUACUGUGAAUUUAAAAGAAAAUAUUGACGUGGCUAGAAUUUUUGUUCAGGGAGAAUUUGAGAAACCUUGAUAAUUUGUAUGUAAUGGUAACACUGUAAAUUGAAUUGUAGCUAAACACUGAUAUGAACGGAUCAACAUUAUGAAAUAUCCAGUUGCAUUUAAAACUGAAAAUCAAUGGAGAUUGAAUUUAUAACACCAUUUUCAUUUAAUGUGAAAAUCAAUGGAGAUUGAAUUUAUGUAGCACUGUAAAUUGAAUUGUAGCUAAACACUGAUAUGAACGGAUCAACAUUAUGACAUAUGAAUGGCCUGACUAUGAUAUUACUCUUGGAGUUCACACGCAUAUACUUCUUAAAUAUAGCUAUAAAGGAACAACAUCGAAGCAAAAAAUUGUCUGGUGAUUACAUAAAAUUUUGAAUGAAGAUUGCGAAUGGAACUUUGAUGAAGAAGAUGAAAUGUGAAACUUAUAUGUAUCAAAUGUAAAUUAAUGAAUAAAUUAAUUUAAUAAAUUAA